CGUUAGGUUGUGUUUGUGUUCCGUGUGCCAUGGACUCAGCCCAGUGAUAUUGACAAUAGAGAGAGAGGGGGGCAGGACCGAGAGCCAGGAGCCCAGAGCCGAGCCAGCGCUGCCCCCUCAGCCCCGGGGACACCCAGGGAAUGUGACUCCCAUCGGCCAGGGAUCGCCAGGUGAAUUGCGGGGACUCUCGGCCAGGAGCGGCUACUGGGGAACGCUGUGAGCUGAGGCCUAGGGCUGCGAGCGACUCCAAAGGAAGGGAAAGCCUUCUUUGCAAACACUGGGCACCAGGGAUCCCCCUCCGCAUCUCUAUCCCCAUCCAGGAGCUCCAAGGUAAUCCACCCCCGCCAAGUAAGGAUAUGUCCUCAGCACCCACCACUCCUCCAUCAGUGGAUAAAGUAGACGGAUUUUCUCGGAAGUCCGUCAGAAAAGCUCGGCAGAAGAGAUCGCAAAGCUCCUCGCAGUUCAGGUCUCAGGGCAAACCGAUCGAGUUAACGCCUCUGCCUCUUCUCAAAGAGGUCCAGACGUCCGAGCAACCCGAGCUGUUCCUCAAGAAGCUCCAGCAGUGCUGCGUGAUUUUUGAUUUCAUGGACACGCUGUCGGACCUUAAAAUGAAAGAAUACAAGCGCUCGACCCUCAACGAACUGGUGGACUACGUCACGAUAAGCCGAGGCUGCCUCACGGAGCAGACGUACCCCGAAGUCGUCAGAAUGGUCUCCUGCAAUAUAUUUCGAACCCUUCCGCCGAGCGACAGCAACGAGUUUGACCCGGAGGAAGACGAACCAACCCUUGAGGCGUCCUGGCCGCAUUUACAGCUUGUAUAUGAAUUUUUCAUACGGUUUUUGGAAAGCCAAGAAUUUCAACCCAGUAUUGCCAAAAAGUACAUAGAUCAAAAAUUUGUAUUACAGCUGUUAGAGCUGUUUGACAGCGAAGACCCCCGCGAGAGGGACUAUUUAAAAACAGUUCUACACAGAAUUUAUGGCAAGUUUCUUGGGCUUAGAGCAUUUAUCCGAAAACAGAUUAACAAUAUUUUUCUACGAUUUGUUUAUGAAACUGAACACUUUAAUGGUGUAGCCGAAUUGCUGGAAAUAUUAGGAAGUAUUAUCAAUGGCUUUGCGUUACCUCUGAAAGCAGAACACAAGCAGUUCCUCGUCAAAGUACUGAUUCCCCUUCACACUGUCCGGAGUUUAUCUCUCUUCCACGCACAGUUGGCAUAUUGUAUAGUACAGUUUCUGGAAAAAGAUCCUUCGCUCACAGAACCAGUUAUUAGAGGGUUGAUGAAAUUCUGGCCAAAAACGUGCAGUCAAAAAGAGGUCAUGUUCCUGGGAGAGUUGGAGGAGAUCCUGGAUGUGAUUGAACCUUCACAAUUUGUUAAAAUCCAGGAGCCCCUUUUCAAGCAGAUUUCCAAGUGCGUGUCAAGCCCCCACUUUCAGGUGGCGGAAAGAGCUCUGUACUACUGGAACAACGAAUACAUCAUGAGUUUGAUAGAAGAGAAUUCCAACGUGAUCCUCCCCAUAAUGUUCGCCAGCCUCUAUAGGAUUUCCAAAGAGCACUGGAACCCGGCUAUCGUGGCGCUCGUCUACAACGUGUUAAAGGCAUUCAUGGAGAUGAACAGCGCCUUGUUCGAUGAACUGACAGCCACUUACAAGUCAGAUCGCCAGCGUGAGAAGAAAAAGGAAAAGGAGCGCGAAGAACUAUGGAAAAAACUAGAAGACUUAGAACUAAAGAGAGGUCUUCAGAGCGACGGCAUCAUCCCAACUUAACAGAGGAACCUCCUGUACCUUUAUCCCUCGGAGUCUCAUUUAUGUAGUAGAAGAUGGAUCAGCAGUUCCUGUAUUGUGCAACUUUACAGUAGAUCACCUUUGUUUCAUUAUUCAGCACUGUAUAUAACUGUCUUAAGUAAAGGAUAACAAAAAAAAAAAAACAGAAAAAAAACAA